AUGACUACAUCUAAUACAGGAAUACUUCAAACUACAAUAGUAACACAAGUUUUAACUGAAAACUCAGUAUCAAUUUUUGUUCCAAAAUCUUGCAAUGAUUCAUCUUAUAUUGGCGUUGAUUGUAAUAUCCUUAGUAGUCCAUGUCACAUGAUAAAACCAUGUGAGAAUAAUAGUACUUGUAUUAACAAUAAUACUGUAGUUCAUGGAUAUACAUGUUUAUGUUCAUCUGGUUUCAGUGGUAUACAAUGUGAAUUUGAUCAUCGACCUUGUAAAAUACAUACUUGUUUCAAUCAUGGUGUAUGUAAUGAAACAUCAGAUACAUCAUUUCAUUGUAUAUGUAAUAAUGGAUGGCAAGGUGUUCAUUGUGAAUCAAUGACAAGUUAUUGUUUAAAUAUCACUUGUGAAAAUAGUGCUAUUUGCCGUCGGUUAUUACUUAAUUAUACAUGUGAAUGUCUUAGUGAAAAUUAUUACGGUCGUCAUUGUGAAUUUAGUACAACGAAAAUAAUUGUUUAUAAAAUAGUUUCAAAAUCAUUCGCUUAUAUUGCUAUUAUUGCUAUGACAAUUGUUGCAAUGUUUAUUAUAAUAAUGGAUAUAUUAACGUAUUGCUUUGGUAUUGAUCUAACACGUGAAGAACGAGAAAGAUUUCGAAGAGAAAAACGAGGAAGAAAAUGGAAUCGUCCUGUUAAUCAAAAACUUAUAUAUGUUAAUGCACUACCAGAACCAUUAAAAGCACCAAUUCCAACUAUUGAAGACACAACAAUUUAG